ACUCUCACUAAAGAUCACCACAGACUGUGGGAGGCACACACAGACUGAAGUGGAUGGCCCAAGACCUGGAUGCAGAAGCGGGAUUUUGAUUUUGGGAUAAUUCUUCUGCAGCUCUGGGGGGGAAAAAAGUGAAGAGGAAUAUAACUGACUUACUUUUCAACUUUUAUCCAACAGUGGAGAGAGGAGAAGGAGCAUUAUUGACGUGAGAUACGGUUCAAAGGGUCCAGGUGGCAGGCAUGAGGGCCCCAGUCUUCGUUGGAGUUUGGCUCUAGAGUCCACAGGAGCUUCUUCAAUUGGACACAUUUCACAGGACGUGUGCCCAUGAGGUCAUCACUACUGGUUCUGCUCCUCCUGAUCGGCGUCCAGGCUGUACUGAACAUGGGAGGUGGUUUGGCCCGGAACCCUGGAGCAGCCAAUCACAGAGCAGGGCAGCAGGAGACAGCAGCAGCCAGGGGACAGCUUUCUCAGGACCAAACUUCAUAUCAGCAACACAGGACCACCCAUCUUAGAACCAAGAGGACACACAGUGCAACCUCAAACAUGCACAACAGAAGCCCUGUCAUUGGGGACUCUCCAGCAGGUUCCUCUCCAGACCCCUCCAGCCCGGUGGUGGACCCGAAGCUCUUCUCUAAGAGACAUUACCGCCCCUCGCCUCGUGUCGUCUUUAGCGAGGUAAUCCCUUCGCAUGACGUUCUGGAUGGUGAGGGUUAUGACUUUGAAAGGGUGAGGGGGCUGAGGGUGAGGCGCAAAGCAGGAUCACACACCAUGCAUCGAGGAGAGUACUCCGUGUGUGACAGUAUAAAUACCUGGGUGAACAAGACGCGAGCCACAGACAUGUCUGGAAAUGAAGUGACAGUACUCUCCCACGUUACAGUCAACAACAAGGUAAAGAAACAGCUUUUUUAUGAGACCACCUGUAGAUCCCCGACGCACAGGAGUUCUGGAACCGUAAUCGGAGGACGAUCUGGAGUACGAGGUGGAAAGCAAGGCUCCAAGUCAGGCAACUCGGGCUGUCGAGGCAUUGACAGCCGCUACUGGAACUCCCACUGCACCAACACAGACAUAUAUGUAAGCGCCCUGACCGUCUUCAAGGAACAGACAGCGUGGCGUUUCAUCCGCAUCAACGCUGCGUGCGUGUGUGUUCUCAGCCGGAAUUCUUGGUCAAGAAAACCGGGACACUGACUGAGGUGGACCGCUCUUGACCACUGGACUAUGAAAGCAAACACACAUUUCUACGAAACAGCCACUGCAGCUUCUAUGCCAAUGCUCCUAUCAUACACCCACUGAUGACAGCAGUCAAUAAACAUGCACACACACACAAACACACGCACACACACAAACACAUUUCUUCAUUCAGUCCCUUGUUCCCUGACCCUACCUCAGUCAAAGAAGUCCUAGUAGUUUUAAGUUAUGAGGACUGCAUGUUAUAUUUAUGGUUUAUACAGACAAAUAUAAAAGUAUAUACAGUAUGUGUACAUAUACAAAAUUAUUUCAACUUUUUAAAUGUUAAUGUUGUUAUUGUUGUCGUGUUGUCCAUGCUGUUAUUUAUUAAACACCUCAGUGCUUGCCUGCC